CAGCGGCGAGAGCUGAAUUUUAUCGGUGACGACGAUUAAAAGGAUGGCGGGUGUUUAAAAUGACGAAAACUUACUAGUUAGACGAAGUCUUGUUCUGUUUUAGUAUGGCUAAGAAAAGUCUCUUCAUUACAUACUUUCUGUGGCUUGUUGGUGGACUAUUCGGCCUGCAUCAUUUUUACUUAGGCCGAGAUUUCCAUGCAUUUGUUUGGUGGAUGACUGUUGGAGGGUAUUUCGGAGCUGGAUGGGUACGAGACCUCUGGAGGAUACCUGAAUAUGUCCAAGAUGCUAAUGACGAUCCUGCUUACAUGGAAAAGUUAGCCGAGACGAUGAGAAAAUUACCUAAGCCACCAACUAAUUCUGUUCGUUAUUUCGGACAAUUGAUGGUUGCUGAUGCUUUGGGAUAUCUAUUUCUAGGUGCCCUGCCUCGAGACUUUAUUGAACCGGUAUAUUUGAAGACCCUCAAUGCAUGCUUAGUUCCUUUAGCCGUAGCCUUAGGUAUCUAUCUAGUUGGCAACAUCGGUCGUCAUGAGGGUCGUCUGAAAGCAUCCGUAUUGGGCGCAUACCUCACUAUGCCUCUCUACUGGUGGCUAGAAUCUCCCGUCUUCCUCACCUCCUUCGCAUCGGCUAGCCUCUUUAACUCAUACUCCAAGCAGUGGAGGAGAACACCACGGCAACAGAAAUCGCUGUGGCGUCGCAUCACAUUCUUGGUAUUGGCUGGUCUGCUUUACUCGUCUCUCUGGGCUUCUUGGCUCUACUUCAACUGCGAGAUCACCUACGGGAAGGAAGAAGUGCCAGUCAAGUGUCGCGAGGCUGCCAAACACUUCUUCAAGAGCCCUCUGUGGCAAGAAUUUGUGAAAGUUAUGAAAGAGAUGUGGCGAGUUUUCAUCUCGCAUGGAUGGAGAGAAGUUUGGAGAGAACUGGUCGAGGCUCUUGACCCUACCGGAGAAGCCAAUGCUUAUAAGGUACUGGGGUUGAGCGAAUCUGCAACUCAAGAACAGAUAAAAUCCCGCUAUCGGAAAUUGUCACGCGAGUGGCAUCCAGACAAAUGGAAGGAUGCAAACUCAAAACAAGUGGCUCAAGAAAAAUUCAUCGACAUUCAGCAGGCAUACGAAUUGUUGUCUAGCAUCAAAUCGAAGCGCAUCCAGCAAAAUGUUAGAAUUCCCGAAGAAGAAAUGAGAACUUCAGACAUUAAUCCAGAAGAUAAGUGGGGCAAGCUGAUUUUAGUUAUACUUAGUGCACUUAUUGGGGUUCCAAUUGUUACAUUCCAAUUAUUUUUUGAAAUCGUUGCUCAUUUGAAGUUGGGAAUUUGUUAUAAAUUAUACUUAGUGUAUAUUUUUGUACUAUCACACUGUGAUUUUUAUUUCUUUAUUGGUAAUAAAAACUCACAUGCCAGUUGA